AUGGUGGUUUUCAUUGACUUCGACGACGAUGCGCUUAGCCCGCAUCAAAUCUCGGGUCCCUCCAAUCCCUUCCUACAUCCCUACAUAGAACCCAAAAAGCCUGGGUUAUCCGAACUAUUACCUGUCAAACCGGACGAGCCGCAUCGUGCAGCGGAUGUAUCCGCGGACAGUGAUCGCUCCGCAGACCCGUUACACAGCAUUUCUCCCAUCUCUAAAGCGCCACAACAAAAUCCGAAUCGGAAUGCUUUCUCAGCUGCUCUGAGCUGCUAUCCGAUUAUCAAGGCAAUUGCUCGCUCGGUGGAUUUGAAUACUCUACACGCCCUUUCACGAACAUGUCGUCAAUUCCACGCCAACCUCUCUCCCUAUCGCCAACAGCUGGUUAAGCAGACCUUGCGUUGUGAGAAUGAGUAUAUCGAGACACUAUCGGACAUGUUGGACAGCGGAGCUUGCAUUCCUGACAGCGUCAAGUCGGUUAUGCGUUUGCUCAGCCAGAAUGCCAGAAGUUCCGGACGCCUGACCAGUGGCAAGAUUUCCAAAUGCGCCCGAGAUAUGGUGGCCGAAUGCCGUCGAUGUUCCAAGGUUGUGUGCCGGAAUUGCGUUAUCAAGCCUCCAUCCAGCCACAUGCUCAGACACCGCAUUCGUCGUCUCUGCACCACUUGUCGCACGGCCCCUCUGAAUGAGCUUAUCGAGCAACCCUACGAACAUGCUCAUCCACAGAACAUCUACACACAUGCGCCUUCACAUCCUCCUCAGUCCAUAAUCUCGGCGUUCCAACGUACGCCUUGCUCCUGCGAUAAUGCUAUAUGGCUUUGUCAUCAAUGCGGACACCAAGUACGCAGCAGCGAUACCACCUACCGACGGGUAUGGACAUGGCGCACCCGUUAUAGUACCUAUCUUGGUGGCCUCGGCACUGGGAUUGGAGAAGGCUGCCAAGGCGUCAAGUGCGGUAGAGGAGAGGAUUGCCUCGCAGCCCAAGAAAUUGAGCUAGAGGUAGAAUGCGAAGCGGACGAAGCCUCAGGGAGCCCCCCUGACUAUGGUCGCUACUAUGAACAUCGCCACAGUCAGAGUCCUCCACGACACCACAAUCACGCCCAUGACGGCUGGGAGCAUCGUGAGGAAGAAGAACCGGGCUACUUUCGACAGGAGAUUAUCGGCAUCGGAGGCCGCGUCAAACACAAGGCGAAAAAACGAGUCACGGUGGGUGCUUGUGUAGUAGAGCAUGAAGAUGAGCGUGAAACAGGCGAGUAUCUUACUAGAGAGGAGCGGGGACAGCAUCGAAGCUGGUGCGGAUGGUGUUGGCGAGUCAUUCCGGCCAGAGAUGAGCUGUGGAACGUUAGAUGA